GAAUGCUGAUUAUAAUCUGUCUGACAUGAUUGAAAACUGUCCCCAUCUCUUACUCCCCUCCCUUCUGCUCCUCUCUGUCUCUCUCUCCGGCUCUACUAUCACUCCCUCCAUCCCUCUCCCUCUCUCUCGCUUUCUCUAUUUCAAUUUCUCCUAUCGGUGCAUGGUGAUCCGGUGAGUAACAGUGUAUGAAGUAGCCCGUUGCCAUGGCGUCAGAUGCCAGCCACAUGCUGGAGGCAGCCUUGGAGCAAAUGGAUGACAUUAUCGCUGGAGGGUUCUGCGAGGCCUUCUUGAAGUUUGGGGCCCAGGGUUACCACUCCCAGGGUUCGAACUCUGCCCCCACCUUUGCCCUCACCUCAGCCAUUAACCCCAACAUCAGGGUGCUGCAGCUGGUAGAGGAUCUCAGGGUAGCCCUGGAGGGCCAGGUGGACCAGGAGGAGCAUGACUCCAUGAGCAGACAGGUCCCCAUGGACACAGCACACACCCUGUUAGAUUGGCUGGAGAAGGGAGGGGUGAGUAGCUUCAACACAGCCUAAACUCACUUCACACACUA